AUGGUAGCGAUUACAUGGGCAGAGAAUCUAAGCAUCAUACCCGAGGAACAAGCUGGUUUCCGAUCUGGACGCGGCUGUGGGGAUAACGUCUUCAAUCUUCUAGCUACUCUACAGAUUGCAAUUAGACUUCAAGGCUCGGCAGCAUAUUCUUUAUUCGUCGACCUCAGGCGCGCCUUCGACUCGGUGCCUCACGACAAACUGUGGUCCAAGCUUUACUCUUUGGGCCUUAGCCCUAAACUGUUGAAUGUCAUCAAGGCUCUUUAUGACGUCACGUGCAUGCAGGUCAGAGUAAAUGGCGAACUUUCCAAACCAAUCGACAUCACCAGUGGUGUGUUGCAAGGGGAAACAUUAAGUCCGAUUUUAUUCGUGUUAUACAUCUCUGAUCUCAACACUUUCCUCACUAAUUGUGGUGCUGAAGGCCUUUCUCUUGGUCCAUGUACCUCACUCUUAUGCUUAAAAUAUGCUGAUGACCUGGUUCUACUCGCAAGGACCCCGGUCAUGCUCCGCAGGAUUCUCAAGUUUCUUGAACGGUACUGUGACUUAAACGACCUUACUGUCAACACUGAUAAAACGAAGAUUCUAAAAUCCAGCUCCAGUGGCCGAAUUAAUUCCAAAGAUACCUUCAAAUAUAAAGAAGAAUCAAUAGAAGUUGUGAAAUCCUUCGAAUAUCUGGGUGUCUAUUUUACUGCCUCGUUGCAAGGUGAUGCUGCUGCUCUUUCAGCCGUUAAAAAGAGUAAAUUGGCAUCCGGAGCAGUGUUGAACAUCCUCUCCAGGCUCAAAGCCAAUUCUUGGAAAGGGAAAACACACGUCUACAACUGUCUCUCGAAAAGUAUGCUUCUCUAUCUUGCCCAUAUUUGGUGCCUAAGUCAAAAAAACAUUGAUAAACUUGAAUCUGCCCAGAUGGACUUCUACAAGAGACUUUUCUGCCUCCCCUUCGUGUACCCCCGGUUACGCAAUAAGGACAGAACUUAA